CCCACAAAUGGUUUCUCCCGGUCUCUCCAAUCCAAGAUGGCGGCGGACCCGGCCGUCGCUAACGGCGGGAACCGGCUCCGAUUUCACCUCCGGGUGCCUUUCCCCUCGGCCCUGGAAGCCCGGAUCGCCCUGGGAUCACUCCAGCCGGAUCGGGAGCCGCGUAAGGGAGGAAUCGAGAGGCGGCUGAGCGUGCAGGGAAGGGAGCUCCGAGUCCCAUCUCGGCGGAGUGUGUCCAGGUCCAAAUUUUGGAAUUUUGAAGCAAUAACCCGGAAUGAAAGGCAGUGGGAGGCAGAUGAAGCUCGAAUCCUGAGGGUGUCCAUCUCCUCAUUCCUGGAUCACCUGGCGCUGGUGUUGCUGACCAUGGAGCGAUUCGGACCCCCGAGAGACCCCGCUGGGGAGGCAGAGCUGACGGGAGCCGUCUCCCCAGCGAGCGCUCCCUGACUCGGACCUGCUCUGUCUUGCCCUCACCGGCGCAACUCUGGGGUCGCGCCACCUGAAACUCAGCACGGGCGGGGGGGUUGCAGGAGACGGGAUUGCCCUGCAAAGGUGUAGUGGACGCAAGACGGGGAAAUAAAGCCGGUGACCUCAA